CCGAAACCACAACUUCGACCAUCACAAUGGCAUUCGCGUGGAAAGCCGCCGGCCUCUCCUACAACCGCUACAUUGCGGUCGCAUCCCGCGCCGUCCGCCGCUCUCUCAAGGAGGACAAGAGGAUCGCUGCCGAGCGACGAGGCGAGAGUGAGCUCAGGUUCGCUAAGUGGUCGAACGGCAAGCAGGGCGAGGCCAAGAACUUGAACGAGGCCAACGCUGCCAUGGCUGAGGCCGCUGCGACAUCCUCUUAGAUUCGAAGUCAAGGAGCAAUGGCUGGAUGAUGGCAUACAGAGGUGAGGGACACCUGUCGGAGGCUGCGAUGGAGGGUGAAAGUGUAUAUUCUGUACUAUCAACGCGGGUCUCGUGGAGGAAAUUCUAGAAAACCAAUGCACGACAAUAUCUGAGCCUCAA